AAAACCUGUUGGUAUGGGAACCAUGUGUCCCGUUAAAAUGACCAGGCUGGAUGCAGGGAGGAAGUACAGAGUAAAUAUUAAUAUUAGUCUGACUGCGAUUUUAACCGUACUUUGUAUGAAAUACCGAUACAUUUCUUGUCUUAAAGGUUAUGAAAUAAGUGGACCACGCUAUUUUUGCAAGCUACGGUUGGAAGAAUUAUGCGAAUCAUUGAGCCAAGCCGAAGCCUGCCAAACGGUCCCGUACUGCAUACAUUGCAAAUGGAACGAUGUCAUCAUUCCGACGAUGGACAAAUGCCAAAUGUGUCAGGACGAGAUUAAUACGAGACAAGAAAAUGAAACUGACAAGAUUUCCUUGCUCAAGCACGCAUGCAAACUCCACGGGAAAUUGGAGGAUGUGGAAAAGUGUGUCCAACUGAUUCGAAAUCUGGACCCGAUCCUAAUAGACGAUUUUGUAGCCCACAAUGUGUCAACUGUCGACACAUGUGCACUUCUUGCCCUUUGUCGCGCCAAGUUCGAAGUUAUCGUGACUAAUGUGAUUGAUCUUGAAAAAAGUGAGGACAGAAUAAGUCUGAUUUGGGGGGAGGAUGAACCCGUCGUCAUGGCGAUGAAGGGAGGUGGUGGUGGUCGUGGUGGGGGACGUUCAUCAAGUCGAGGUCGAUCCUCCUCGUCCAGUUCGAGAUCGUCAUCUUCUUUUAGAAAAAUAUUACUUCCGGGUGGACAGUCGACUGGAUCUGUGCAUCGAGUAGGGCUCAUAAAUCGGGGCGGUAUGGGGCGUAGCUUCAUUCCCAUUUUCACCCCGGUAGGAGGAGGCCGCCACACUGGACAUACGUGCAACUUGGCGUGCGACGUGGUAGAAAAUAGGGAGAUGACGAUGGGCGACUAUUGUGUGAUUGGAUUUUUUGUUGUGAUUUUAAUCUCGAUGAUAGCACUUUGCGUGCGGCGGUCACGAAGACAGAAGAAAUUGGCGGAUAGAAUUUAUUUGUAAAUUGGUUUUUGAAUUGAAUUGAAGCAUUUAUUAUACUCAAUUACUAAAACUAGCGAUUACAAGAUUCAGGAUUUACAAGCAUACGCUUCGCACCUGUAUGAAUCAAAUAAAACAACUAGUAAUAUUUUCUCGAGUUUACAAAGUACAUUGAUAAGAUUAACUUACGUACUAAUUAACUAACUAAAUUAAUUAACCAAGUAAUAACGUAUAUUAUUAAACAACCCUUGCUUGAAUUUAAGGUUAGCGAGAACAAAAUUUAAAAAGACAGAUUUCAAGUGAAUAACGUUUAAAUAAUUCUGAUGGUUUGAUGGUGCAAUAUGUCCGACAUUCGUAUGUUGCAUUAAAGAAUUAAGUUUUUGCGAAUUUUAUAAUUAGGUAAGUGGAAUGGACAAAUGCAGAUAAAAUGGGUUUUAUGCUUAAAAAUAAUUACUGGAAAUAUUUAUGUAUUCAAUGUUUCUCAAUUAUGUACAUAUUAAAAGGACCAGUUUUGUAAACCAAGUAAUUUGUAGCCAAGUAAUUUCUUGGCUAAAAACCUGCCGCUAAUAUCAUGACGUAAUAUUUAAUAUGUAUUAAUUUUUAUUCUAAAUCUUUACAAUUAAAGAAAUCCGAACAAAUUUUGAUGAAUGGUUUUGACUCUUUACUUGAUUUUGAUUUUUUUAAUUUCCCAUGCUUCUAUUGAAAAAACGAAAAAAAAGUUCACAAAUAUGUAUUACGCAUAAGAAGUUCAUAAUUCGUAAAUAUCGGUAUUUAUGCAAGUGCUGGAAAAUAUGGCUUGAAAAUAAAUAUUCUACAGUAAUUAAUACAUUCCUAGAUAAAUUUUCGCAAAAAUUAAGAGAAUCGAGGACUUAGGAGCCGUACGGUCUCAUAAUUGUAAUUAUUUCUCGUUUCAAAUUGCAUUUGAUUGCCUGCAGUAUUUUCCGACUGAUAAACACUACACAUCUUGCCGAAACGGUUUUAAAUUCCUAUACAUAUUUAGUCCGACCAGUUAUGUACAUAAUAGGUUACCAGUUUUGAGCAAGAAAGGAAUUGGGUAUUUUAUUAUUCUUCCACUUAACUUUGGAGUGGUGUAAUCGAUAAAUGUAUCGGUGAAAGUGGUGCAGAUGGAGAAUGGGUAAUUAUUAUCGUACUUUAUUCUAAGAGUACACAUAUACAUACACACAUACAUACGUGGGUGAGUCCGAGAAAGUGCUUUCAUUAGUGGACAUCAUUUCGAAAAAUGUUUCUCCUUUUACCUAUGCUCAAAACGUACAAAAAAACCUAUUCUCAGCCAUCACGUUUCUAUUUGUAAUAAUUCAUCUGUGCGUUUCAUGGAUAUUUACUUUGUUUUUUAAUAAUCAAGCUUACAUUGAACCUUUGACAUUGCAUUUGUUUUAUUUAUACUCGCGUUUAGUAGGAAGGCUUCCAAUAAAUAUAUUUUUUAAACUUAGUCAGCUUUCUACACAUUUACAUA